AUGGAAACAUUCGCCUCGCUGAUGCUGGACAAGAGCUCGUUCGCGAGGAUCCCGGAGGAGGAGCUGAAGAUCGCCUUCUACAACGAUGAGAAAUUCGACGACUCAUUCUUUGAUAGACUCCUCUCAUGGGCUGGCCUCCUUCCUGAUGUAGAAGUGGCUCUCAACACGGAGGCUACCGAGUGGUGGACUCUCGUUGUUGAACGCCUCAGAGACUGCCUGCUCCAGCAUGCCAAGUUGCAUGUCCGCAGGCUCCAGGAUGCGGUCGAUGUGAACACGACCGAAGCCUCAUUCUCAGCAGCCAAUGUCUCUUUGAAGAUUUGCGGCAAAGGAACGAUUCUUGAGGAACAGGCGCGAGAGAGUUUCGCCUCUACGUUUGGCGACAUUUCAGGGGCUCUGUCGGCCAAACAGGCAGUGGUCGGUCUUGAUGGUCUGUUUGAAGAUAUCGAUUCGGGCUCUAAUAGCUAUCACUGGCUUGCGGCCCUUCAGUUCCUGCACGAACUGCGGAGAGCCAUGACUUACUCGCAAACCACACUCGAGCGCGUACAGUCGCUCGAGCUGCUCUCUCGAAUUCGUACCAAAGGCAAUCCGCAAGCGGCCUACGAAGACAUACAGGCUUGCCUGCGCCAAGUACAUGAUGAGUCGGUCCCGCUCACGCUGCGUCGCUCGGUAUACACCACCAAAGCCCAGAUCGAAACCAAGCUCGGGAGGCGUCAGGACGCUGCUGCAUCGUACGAGUUGGCGGGAUCGAUCGACCCAAGCAAUCUCGUGGCGGGCGACGGCCUGCGAGCCCAGAUAAAGCCCUUCGAGAAAGAACCUGGCAAGCAGGAGUUCAUCAGGACGCUCAAGACAUGGUCUCCUCUCGAACGGCCGGCAUACCUCUGCUGA